CGUCAUUCCCUUUCACAUCCCGUCUCCUGCUCCACAACAUCAGCUUGGCGCAUUGGAAGAGCAGGAAAUCCGAUGUUCGAUGCUUGUUACGUUUGUUGAUUUCUUCCUUUGGUGCUUCUGCCCUACGAGUCGUCAACGUCAUAUCUCGCGUGGCAUGACGCUAGAUUGUCCCUGCAACGAGCCUUCACCAAUCGUCGCCAAGCUCAGGGCUAGACUUCUCCAAAGAUCGGGGUAAAUGCUAUGACGCAAAGUGAGGUCGGUGGAGGGGUGAAGUGAGAGAGGAGAGAGGAGAGAGGCCGAGAUCUGAGGAUCGAAAGGGUUUGGGCCUGCCAGGUUUGCUGAGGAUGGCAUCGAGAUUGAGGCUCCCGGGAUGACAAUCUUCAACUAUAUAAGAUUCACGAUAUCUCUCCUCGAAACUGUCUUUCCUUCUCAUCAUCAAACAACAACAGCAUUCAAAGAUACCCAAAGCAUCUUCACUUUAACUCAAACCCCACACACCAUCUUUAAGAUACCCAAACACUUCAGAACAAUAACUUAAACUACAUUCAUCAUGUCUGGUCUCAUCAACAAGGUCAAGGAGGCUAUCCACUCCGACAAGGACAAGUCCCACGAGCAGCCUGAAGGCACGCAUGGCGGACAUUCGUCUCGUAUUGCCAACGCCGCUGAUCCUCGAUAUGAUUCGGAUAGAGACCAUCGUGCGAACCCUGGCACCACAACCACUGGUGGCCUGGGAUCUUCCACCCACAACACUGGCACAACUGGUGGCUUGACCGGUGGCUCUACCUACUCUGAGAACAUGCCUGGUCACACUACCACCGGUCGCACUGAGAAUCUGCCUGGCCACACCACUGCUGGCGGCCUUGGCUCUCAUUCUUCAGGACUUCCUGAGGGAACCGCGGGGCCCCACGGAAGCCGCCUUGCCAAUGCGGCAGACCCAAAGGUGGACAGUGAUCUUGACGGUUCACGACGUGUUGGUGGCUCCAACACUUAUGGACAGACUGCUACUGGAACUUCGGGUCUUUCAAGCCACGGUGCUGGUGCUCAUGGUGGCAUUGGAGGUACAUCUGCUGGCUACAGCACCGGUCCUGGAAACACCGCUGGGCCCCAUUCCAGUGAUAUGGCCAACAAACUUGAUCCAAAGGUGGAUAGCGAUCUUGACGGAUCCCGACGACUCGGUGGUUCUAACACUCACGGCCACCAGGGCGGUCUCGGCGGCAGCACUGGCACUUAUGGCCAGACCACUACUGGAACUUCAGGCCUCUCAAGCCACGGUGCCGGUGCUCACGGCCCCACCGGUACAUACGGUUCUACUGGUACUGGUACUGGUACUGGUCUCGGCGGUGCUGGUACUGGACCUGGACCUGCUCCUAAAACCGCGGGACCCCAUUCUAGCGACAUGGCCAACAAAUUGGACCCUCGUGUAGACAGUGAUCUUGACGGCAGCAAGACAGUUGGUCAAGAAAAGACUUUCCAGCAGUCCAACAACAACUUCGCCGGCCGGGAUCCCACCGAUGCCACUCAGGUUCCUCCUUCUGUUCUGCAGAAGCAUGUUCCCACUGAGAUCGCUCAUGAUGAUCCUCAUAGCGACCACAGCCGACGACACAGCAGCACUCACCAGGAGACUCACCGGGGUCUGUAA